AUGUCGGUCCGACACCUUCACCUGUGGGUGGAGGUGUUUGUGGUUGAGAUGCAGGAUCCUAAGAGUGGGGUGAAGGGUGCCGAUCAGAAACUCAACGUAACCAUCAUCCCACACGUCAUCAACGGGCAGGACAUUUUAGCAUGGAUCGUCACCAAAAUGAAGGUUACCACAGAAGAGGCCCAGGCGUUUGGGACCAUGCUGGUGGCCUACGGGUACAUCUACCCCCUCCAGAACCACAGGACGUUGGUCCUGGUCCCCGACAGCACCCUCUACCGCUUCCAGACCCCUUAUUUCUGGCCCGUGCAGAAGUGGCCCGCUGAGGACAUAGACUAUGCCGUCUACCUGGCCAGGAGAAACAUCCGGAAGAAGGGGAUGCUGGAGCCCUAUGAGCAGCAACACUACGACAAUCUCCACAAAUGGAUGAACCCCAAGUGGGAUUUCAUCGUGAUGCAGGCCACAGAACAGGCUAAUAAAGAGAGGAAGAAGCCAGACAGAGUGGUGUUGGACUGUCAGGAGAGAGCCUACUGGAUAGUACACAGGCCACCACGUCGGACACACAGUGCCAUGGACUAUGGGCUGGACCGUCUCAUUGACCCCAAUGCAGAGGAGGUAACAGGUGAGUACUGUGCUAACAUUUUCUUUACACAAGCCCUAAUGAGGUCAGCUGUCAAAUCGUCUGUGUCCCUCACAGCCUUUGUCAAGUACGUGACAACCCACCACAAUCACGACCCGUUCCUGACGACCCCUGUCCCCAGCAACCCCUGGAUAACGGACAGUGACGAGUUCUGGCAACUCAACUCAAGAAGUGUGGACAUCCCCACUAAGUUGAGUGUGGAGCGUUGGGUGUUGAGCUUCUGGGAGCUGAUCAGUGACCCACGAGGCAGAGUCGACUUCAAGCUCUUCCUCAAGAAGGAGCACAGUGCGGAGAACAUGGCGUUUUACGAGGCAGCUGAGGAGAUGAGGUGGGGAGCAGCAUCUGCCAUACCAGAGAAAUCCCAGUUCAUCUUCAACACCUUUCUGAAACCUGGAGCUCCUCGAUGGAUCAACAUUGAUGGUCGUACCAUGGGGCUGACGGUGAAGGGCCUGGUUGUUCCUCACCGCUACGUCCUCGACGCUGCUCAGACACACAUCUUCCUGCUCAUGAAGAAGGAUACCUUCUACCGUUAUCUCAAGUCUCCGGUCCACAAAGACAUGCAGAAGAGGGCUCUGGUCCCGUCGCCUCACGUCUUCACUGAUGCCCAGUUGGAGGCCAAUGUGAAGAAUCGUAACCCAGGCGUCAGCCCCAUCCUGCUGUGGCAGCAGGAGGAGGAGGAGAAGGCAGCAGCAGCUGUUGCUGCCAGGCCCAUUGACGUCAAAGCCAUGGUGGCCACCAACAAGCUGGACAGGAAGUAGAGAGAGCCCAGGGCAUCAUGGGAAAUAGAGUUUAAUAUACAUACUGUUGUUCAUCUAAUAUAUAUUUGGUUUCCAUGGAGAUGGUGUUACAUAGGACUACUUAAAGUCCUAAAUAAUGGACUUACUAGUUAUUGUUUUAAUGGAGAUAUUGGUAAUGUAUAGAAUAACUGAUGUCCUCGACCACUGAUGUCAAGCCAGUACGGAUUGGUUGAUUGAGGGAAAUAAACGAUUGGCUGUUGAGUAGCUGUGUUGCGUUAAGGCCAGUUACUGUACCAGUUAAGGCCAGUUACUGUACCAGUUAAGGCCAGUUACUGUACCAGUUAAGGCCAGUUACUGUACUGAGAAUGAAUCUGCUGACCAGAUGAUAAAAGCUACUUUAGUUCAGAUGGACAGAUCACAGGGACUGUCUGUAGGGGCCCUCUGAUACACAACAUACUAUAUCAACUGCUGCAGAGGAGAAAUAUAUACAUCUGGAAGAGCCACGUGACUGUUAGAAGGAAACGGAAAGCCAGAGGUAGAUACCAGUUGAUACCAGUCUGCAACUAGAUAGAUACAUUAUCAUUACCAGUCUGCAACUAGAUAGAUAACAGUUAUCGUUACCAGUCUUCUGCCAGAGAUAGAUAACAGUUAUCGUUACCGGUCUUCAGCCAGAGAUAGAUAACAGUUAUCGUUACCAGUCUUCAGCCAGAGAUAGAUAACAGUUAUCGUUACCAGUCUUCAGCCAGAGAUAGAUACCAGUUGUUACCAGUCUGCAACUAGAUAGAUACAUUAUCGUUACCAGUCUUCAGCCAGAGAUAGUUACCAGUCUGCAACUAGAUAGAUACGUUAUCGUUACCAGUCUUCAGCCAGAGAUGGAUAACAGUUAUCGUUACCAGUCUUCAGCCAGAGAUAGAUACCAGUCUGCAACUAGAUAGAUACAUUAUCGUUACCAGUCUUCAGCCAGAGAUAGAUACCAGUCUGCAACUAGAUAGAUACGUUAUCGUUACCAGUCUUCAGCCAGAGAUAACAGUUAUCAUUACCAGUCUUCAGCCAGAGAUAGAUAACAGUUAUCGUUACCAGUCUUCAGCCAGAGAUAGAUAACAGUUAUCGUUACCAGUCUUCAGCCAGAGAUAGAUAACAGUUAUCGUUACCAGUCUUCAGCCAGAGAUAGAUAAGUUAUCGUUACCACAGUCUGCAAAAUGUAUAUUAUAUUUGUGUGUGUUUGUAAGUCUCACAUGUCCCAUACCUCUGUAGGUGGUGUAUUGUUCAUAUGUCUUUUGCAUCAUUUGUCUCUCUAGCUAUUUCUACAACACUAUGUCAAAGCUGAACCUGUCUACACACUCCUGUCUGUCUGUCAGUGUAUAGAACAUGUUGUCUGUCUGCAGGCUGACGUUUUGUUCCCCUCUACCUCUGUUCUGAUAAUCCGGUCUCCGACCCAAUUAUUAUAAAAUAUGUAAUA